UUCCUGCUCUCCAGUGCCAUUCCAUCCCUGCUAAUUCUCACAAUCAACUGUGACAUGAUGCUCAAUGGUUUUCCUUCAUCUUGUGCAGCUUUGAGGCUGAACUCCUCCCGGCUAUUUCUUGCUUUGCUCUCUACUGCCACUGUAACGCUCGAGAGGAGGGGGGUGAACAGGGUAAUGAAUGUGUGCACAGACAAGUGCGUUCAACUCCUCUAGAAUUCCUCCAGCAGAGAUGUGCGUUUAUCCGGCGCCUAACCGGCGAGAUUUCUCAAAUGUUGCUCUCUACAUUCUUUAGUUUCUUUCUUCGGAAUUGUCAUUUUGACCCACCCUCCAUCUAAAACACGUGCAACUUUGGGAGAGUUUGGCAACCAGGUAGUGGACAGCUAUACAGCAGCAUGCCGUUUCUAGCAAACAGUAUUCCCUGGAUCUUCGCCGAGUCAAUCCAUGGCCACUUCGUUUGUGGAUGUAUAUUCAGCUGGUUUGAUUGACGCCUAAGUGGAGGGAAUACGCAGACGGGCGAGGGAGAAUGGCUUCGAAAGAGCGACUGUACGAGCUGUGGAUGUUAUAUUACACUAAGAAAGAUGUCACUUACCUGCAGCAGUGGUUGGAGGCAUUCGUGGCGUCUUUUGAGAAGGUCAUUGAUGUGCAGUCGACGGAGCCUCGUCGGCUGGAGGAAUGGAGCACUGAUGUCCCCCUCCUCCCCAAGGAGGUGUUGGUGUUCCUCAGCACCCAGCUGUGGCACAGUGCCCUCCACAUGUCAGGGCAGGAUCAGAGCAGCACUGCUCCACACCCACUGCUCCUCAUCAAGUUCUUCAUCAUCAUCUGCAGGAAUAUGGAGAAUAUAGACUCUGAAAAGACCCCGGGGUUUGUGUUUGAGACAGUCAAGCUCCUAAACUUCUGUUUGACUCAGCUGAAGAAGCAGCCAGAUGAUCAGAGCACUUUACAGUCGGUGGUACAACAUGGCUUGCUGCUGUGUGAAAAUCUCUUUGACCCUUAUCAAACGUGGAGGAGACGGCAGGCAGGGGAGGAGGUCAGUAUGCUGGAGAGAAGCAAGUAUAAAUUCUCACCUCUUGUUCUACCAGAGGAGCUUCCUUUGCUCUUCCACGACUACCUACAAGAGAGCGAACUAAUCCCAGAGCCGCUCGUGGUGAGACUGGUGCAUCUACAGGGAGCUAUAAUCAGUGGAUGCAAGAGGAACGGCCUUGUCUCCAUCACCCCCCAGGCUGUGAAGGACCUCAUGUCCGUGCUGCGUUCCUGGUGCCUCACUCCUGCUUCACCCCCACAAGAGCCCAAGGAUCCUUGGCUGCUCAAAAUGUCCCUGCGGUGCCUGACUGCAAUGAUCCACCUUCUGCACUCCAGCAGCCCAGCCGAGAGGCAGGUGGAGAUCCGGACAGUACUGGAUAGUUACUUCCAGCUGCUCAACUGGAACCGGCCACCAGACAGCCAGCAGGAAGAUAUGCAGACCUGGGAGGAUAACCUCAUUACCCUUCUCGAGCAUAUGCUGAAUGCUAUCCCAGAGAUCCUGCAGUAUUCAGACCGGCCGGUGUUGCAGGCUAUCUUUCUGAAUAACAACUGUUUCGAGCACAUCCUCCGCCUCAUCCAGAACAGCAAGCUAUAUCAGAGUAACAGGUUUAAGGUGGAGUGUGAGGGCCAAUGUGAUCUCACUACACGUUUGCUCACAGAGGCUGAAGUGGAGCAGGUCUGGGAAAAGGGCUCUGACUGCAUCACAGUACACGCCAUUCGAGUUCUCACUGCCAUAAUGAGCAACUCGCCCUCUGCCAAGGAGGUCUUCAAGGAGCGGAUUGGCUACUCACAGUUGUUUGAUGUGUUGAAAAGUCAAGGACAGCCCACCAAAAGACUCCUGCAGGAGCUGAUGAACAUGGCUGUUGAAGGAGAGCAUUCCCAGGCCAUGCAGUUGGGCAUCAGUAACGAACAGCCUUUGCUCCUGCUGCUGCAGUGGUUGCCUGAUCUGGGCUCUCGCUCUCUACAGCUGUUGGUGUCCCAGUGGCUGGCGGCCGUGUGUCGAGGAACUCUGUCCUGCCGCACCGUAGCCGUUGAGGCGGGCUUAGUAGGCGCUUUGCUGGAGGUGCUGUCCGAAGCCCCGGAGCGGCUCGACCGGCAAUGUGCAGAUGCCCUCUUGGGCUUGCUUCAAGACUUGGGAUCUCUUUCUCUACGGCCCUGUGAACUGAAGAGUCUGCUGAAGCUCUUGCGGGCCGAGCCUGGUGCACCCCCUCACCCGUACUGCGGGCGCGUGGUAAGGGUGCUUUCUGCAAUGGCCGCUCGUGGAGAGGGUGGAUGCAGCGCCUUGCAGUAUUUUGACCUUACGCCCCCUAUGGCAGGUAUUAUGGUGCCAGCUAUACAACGCUGGCCAGGAAACGCGUUUGCUUUCCACGCUUGGCUGUGCCUCAACACAGACUUUCCUCCUCCCCAGCACCACUACUCAGAAUCUCACCUGGAUAAUAUGGUUCGAAUGGCUAAGGGACCACGUAGGAAACAGCUUUACAGUUUCUUCACAGCAAGCGGAACUGGCUUUGAAGCUUUUUUCACCACAGAAGAAGUUCUGGUGGUGGCAGUAUGUACUAAAAAGGAAUACAUGGCCGUUUCCCUGCCAGAACACCCAUUCAGUGAUUGCGCCUGGCACUCAGUAGCCAUUGUUCACGUUCCUGGCCGUCGGCCCUUUGGACAGAAUGUGGUCACUGUUUAUGUGGAUGGAGUGCAGUGUAAAACAGCACCCCUGCGCUUUCCUUCUCUGAAUGAGCCUUUCACUUCCUGUUGCAUUGGAUCAGCUGGUCACCGGACCACUACCACCAUGACUACCUCUCCGACCCUGCCCAACCCGUCCCACUCGCCCUCCGAGAUGGCAUUUGCAGCACAUGCUGGGCCACCCACCCUUGCACGUUCCCAGUCCUUCCCUGCAUCCUUUGCAGCAGCCGCAGGGGGGCGACCAGGUGUGAGUCGGGACAGUCCGGUUCACACCAUCCCGGCAGGGCUACAGGACACUGCGUGGGGCUCUCCUUCAUCACUGGGUGGCCUUUUAGCCACGGUGUUCAUCUGCCAUGAAGCUCUGCAGCCUGCUCAGGCACGAGCCCUGUUCACUGCAGGUCCCAAUAAUGUUUCUCUAUUCAAAGCUGAUGGUGAACCUUCAGAAGUCAACAGUAAACUAGUGUUAUAUUACACCCCACAGGCCUUUAAGAUCCAGAUCUGCUUGGAUUUGUCCCCCAACCAUCUUUAUGAUGGCAGGCUGACUGGUCACAGAGUGGUGAACUGGGACGUCAAGGAUGUUCUGAGCUCAGUUGGUGGCAUGGGAGCUCUCCUGCCCCUGCUGGAGCAGGUGUGUUUACUGGAUCAGGGCGAGACUGUAGGUCAGGAGACUUCAGAUCUUCUCGGGCCAGAGCUCACAUCCUCUAGGGGCCCUGCCGGCAUGCUGCUGCCACUGGGGAAGUCAUCUGAGGGCCGUUUAGAGAAGAACAGUGUAGCAGCGUUUUUGCUGAUGAUUAAGAACAUGCUGCGCAACCAUCCGGCCAAUCAGGAGAGUCUGCUUCAGUGCCACGGGCCGCCCAUCAUCGGAGCCAUGCUCUGCAAGGUUCCCAGCAGUAUGAUGGACAUGAGUGUAUUGAUGGCCUGUCAGUUCCUGCUCAAGCAGGUGUCCAACGAGGGCAACAAUGCCCUUCUAUCACAGCUGUACCAGUACCUGCUCUUUGACUUCAGAAUCUGGAGCCACAGCCACUUUGCAGUCUGCCUGGGUCAUGUGCAGUACCUUGCCACCGUCAUCAAUGAAGGCAAGCUGAAGACUCGUAAGAGGUAUGGUGUUCAGUACAUCCUGGACUCGAUUCGGACACACUACAGUGUGGAGAAGGAUGGCAGUCCUCUGUCUGAUGAGAGGCAGACGGUGCAGAUCUCUCUUUUCGCUCUGCUGAAGGACCUUCUGAAAUCUCCCACUGCUGAGGAGCUGCACAGUGUACUAGCCUACGCUGCUAUAGUGCAGGACGAGCAACAGGUGAUCAGUAUUCUGGAUGUGUUACACACUGUAUUGAGGAGUUCUCCAUCUCCACGUGAGCAGGCUGUGACGGUUCUUCUGGAGCGAGGGGUGGAGCAGCUCUACUGUCUGCUGCUUAAAACCAACUAUGGAGAUGAGGCUCGUGAGAGAGUUUUCAGGGUCUUGUAUAAAGUCCUGAAGAGUGAACGUAUACCUGAGCGCAGUAAAAUGCGCAUCAAGCUCAAGGACUCUGGCUACCUUGGGCUGGUCUGCUCCUUUGGUGACGUCCCCAUCACAAUGGCGACUGUACGCUGUCUGUAUGAGCAGGUUCUCGCCACAGAUCCCACUCCUAAUUUUAGAGAUCUGUUGGCAGUGGCAUACCUGUCCCAUCGUGCUGACCUCAGCGUCCGACUAGAUAUCUGUCGUAAGCUAUUCCACUUGAUCUACUCCAAUGAAGAGUAUGUGAAGCAGCUCGCUCGUCAGUCAGGCUGGCAGGAUGUUCUCACCAAACUCUACAUCAAAGAAUCGUACGAGUCUCACGUUCUCAGCCAAUCCAAUUCUUUGUCCAGCCCCACCAACUCGCUGGACCCCGUUCUUUCCAGACCCGUCUUCCGUCGUGAGGACAGCGUAAUGGAAGACACUCGGCAGAACGUCUACAUUUCCCUCACUGCCCGCCACGAAGAGGAGUAUGAGGAGGAAGAAGCUCAGGAUGCGUCUGAGGGCUACUCUGACCUCUCCCAGUCUCCCCCGUCAACCGGACAACUCAAGAGCGAUUCCUUGCACUUCAAGCCAUUUGACUCCGGAGAACAAAGCAGUCAUUCGUCCACCCUGUCCAACACCUUGGACAUUCCAUCGUCGUCCCGUUUGCUGGAAGAAGAGGAAAGCGUGUACCAGCCGCUCUCACCCUUCAGCUCACCCUUUGAGCUGGAACUAAGCCUUCAAAAAGGACCCCAGACACCUGUGGGUAGCCAGCCAGAGACCCCCUCUCCUCUGGAGCACAGUAAGAGCUUCCCAGGCAUGAGGCCACGCAAGAGCUCCAGUCUGUCCAACGUUCUGGACAACACAAGCUACAGCACCGAACCUCCUACAGACACCAUCUCCAACACAUCCAACCCACAGGCUCCCGAGGAGGAGUUGUGUAAUUUGCUGACGAACAUCGUAUUCUCUGUGCUGUGGAGCGGCACUGAGGGGUCUGAGGAUGUGAUAUGGAGAGAAAGGGGUCAGGUGUUCUCUGUCCUCACCAAGCUUGGCUCAUCCUGUCAGCUGGUGAGGCCACCUGAUGACAUCAAACGCAGUCUGUUGGAGAUGAUGCUGGAGUCGUCUCUGUCAGAUUUGAGGGACUCUCAGGGCGUGUCUCUACCCCAUGUGCCUUCUUUGCUCCGCCUCCUCAGACUGCUCCAGGACUUCCUGUUCGCCGAGGGCACUGACAAUCAAACACUAUGGAGUGAGAAGAUUUUUGAGGGGGUGGUGAAUCUGUUGGACAGGCUGCAGGCAUGGCACACGACCCCUGGGUCAGCGGGGGCCGCUGAGCUCAAAGAGAUGUCUCUGAUCGGCCUGCGUAUCAUCACUGGAUACAUUCAGCAGCAGCAGAACCCACAGGUGUGUGAGAUGGCGUGUUUAAAGCUUCAUAGCCUGCUGCAAACUGUGUUAUGUCUGUCCUGGGAGGAGGUGUGUUUUCUUCUGGGUCGUCUCGGUGCACCACUUUGGCCUGCAAACUGUGGCUCAGACCCGGGCGCCGAGGCUUUGCUGAGCCCUCUGGUGCCCAUCGUCAGAGCGCUUCUGGACCAGCAUGCGGAUCGAACCACCCUUCAGAAGAUGCUCCCCAACCUGCCCGCCACCAACGGCAGCCCCUCCUUCGCCCAGGAUCUCCAGAACUACUGCAGCACCGCUGAGUGGCAGCAGUUCCACCUGAACCAUGUGGAGCCCACAAUGCAGCAGUAUGAGCUAGACACUUUUGGGAAGAGUCAUGACCUGAUGUCCAAUUUUUGGAAUUCCUGCUUUGAUGACCUCAUGAGCACUGCACAGAGGAGAGACAAGGACCGCUCCGACUGCAAAGCCAAGUUUCAGGAGCUCAUCAUUGACACGUACCUGAAACGAAUGCGCACAGAGAACAGCCGCUACCACGGUGUGCAGAAGAUGAUUAAUAGCCAGCAGGGUGUGGUGUGGAGGCACUGGAAAUCACUGCGCAGGUUACUGAGCAGUGAGAGAAGAGCGUGGGCACUCAGGGUUCAGCCAGAGGUGAACUGGAAACUGUCGAGCGCAGAGACGUACUCUAAGAUGCGUCUGAAGCUGGUGCCAAAUUACAGCUUUGAUUCCCACAGUGAUGCCAGCGCACUGAGAGAUAACAUGGGAGCCGACAGCCCUCGCAGCUCAACCGAGCCCAUCCCUCUUGCUGUUGCAAAGGAAGCCAAAGUUAGUGACAUGGAGGAUGACAAACUAGAGGAUUUUGAAGAUUUUGUCUUCAUUGAUGAACUUUUGACUGGCAUUGGGUUUGAUUUCAAGAGGCCAUUGUCACAGCUAAGGGAAGUCCACCUGAGGCGCUACAACCUGCGGAGAUCGGCAUUAGAGCUGUUCUUCAUCGACCAGGCACACUACUUCAUCAACUUCAGGAAGGGGGUCCGGAACAAAGUCUACUCCAGGAUCCUAGGUCUCAGACCACCCAAUCUCUUCUACUUUGGUUCUCGCUCUCCUCAGGAGCUCCUGAAAGCCUCCAACCUGACUCACAGAUGGAUUUGCAGAGAGAUCUCCAAUUUUGAAUAUCUGAUGCAGCUCAACACCAUUGCUGGUCGCACAUACAAUGAUUUAUCCCAGUAUCCAGUGUUCCCCUGGGUGCUGUGUGACUACACAUCUGCUGAAUUGGAUCUGGAGGACCCAGCUGUUUUCAGAGAUUUGUCCAAACCCGUUGGUGUCGUCAACCCUCGACAUGCACAGAACGUCAGGGAAAAGUAUGAGAGUUUUGAGGAUUCAACAGGCACUAUCGAUAAGUUCCACUAUGGCACACACUACUCUAAUGCUGCCGGCGUCAUGCACUACAUGAUCCGCACAGAGCCCUUCACCUCAUUACAUAUACAGCUCCAGAGCGGCAAGUUUGAUUGUGCCGAUAGGCAGUUUCAUUCAGUAGCAGCAGCAUGGCAGGCACGAAUGGAGAGUCCAGUUGAUGUGAAGGAGCUCAUCCCAGAGUUCUUCUACUUCCCAGAUUUCCUGCAGAACAUGAACAGUUUUGAUCUGGGCUGCUUGCAAAUCAGUCAGGAGAAGGUCAAUGAUGUGUUGAUUCCCCCCUGGGCGUCUUCGCCUGAAGACUUCAUCAGGAAACACCGCAAAGCUUUGGAGAGUGAGCAUGUGUCUGCUCACCUGCACGAGUGGAUCGAUCUCAUAUUCGGGUAUAAGCAGCGAGGACCUGAAGCGGUGGAAGCUCUCAAUGUCUUCUACUACUGCACUUAUGAGGGUGCAGUGGAUCUGGACGCCAUAGCUAAUGAGACCGAGCGCAAGGCCCUUGAAGGCAUCAUCAGCAACUUUGGCCAGACGCCCUGUCAGCUUCUCAAGGAGCCCCAUCCUCCCCGUAUGUCAGCAGAGAACGCAUUCAGGCGGCAGGCCCGUCUGGACAUUCUGCCUCCCAACCUUUUUGAUCAGCUCACUAAACUCCGAUCUUUUAAAGAGGUGGUGAGUGAUGGUCUGCCUUUAGUCCAAGCCGUGGUGCCCAGAAAUCAAACCCGCUCCUUUAUCAUCCCUGGUUCUGACAUACUGGUGACAGUGAGUGUUAAUGGAAUGAUAGGGACUCAUAGCUGGCUGCCCUACGACAAGAACAUAGCUAAUUAUUUCACCUUCACCAGAGACCCCACUGUGAGCAACCCAAAGACCCAGCGGUUCCUCAGUGGGCCGUUCUCCCCAGGGGUGGAAAUCGGGUCCCAGGUGCUGGUGGUGUCCACUGACGGGCGUCUGCUGUUCAGUGGGGGGCACUGGGACUGCAGCAUUAGGGUCACUAUGUUAGGCAAGGCCAAGCUGGUGGGCAGGAUCUGCCGUCACAUAGAUGUGGUCACAUGCCUGGCUUUGGAUCUCUGUGGUAUCUACCUCAUCUCUGGCUCACGAGACACCACCUGCAUGGUGUGGCAGGUCCUACAGCAGGGUGGUUUCUCUAGCGGUCUGUCUCCACGGCCCGUGCAGGUGCUCUGUGGACAUGAUCAAGAGGUCGCAUGUGUCGCCAUCAGCACUGAGUUGGAUAUGGCGAUCUCAGGGUCAAAGGAUGGCACAGUAAUCAUGCACAGUGUGCGUCGUGGACAGUACCUGCGGACCCUGAGACCACCGUGUGAGAGCUGCUUUGCUGCCCCUGUGGCACACCUGGAGGUCGGCAUGGAAGGGCACAUAGUGGCACAGACUGUUAUGGAGGGCCGCACUGCUGGAAAGGAGAAGUAUGCACUGCAUGUGUACUCUGUGAAUGGCACUCUCUUAGCAUCUGAGACCUUGGACGAGAAGAUUUCAGCUUUGCAUCUGGUGCCUGACUACCUCAUCGUAGGCACACAACAGGGGAACCUUCACAUUCGAGACUUGUACAGUUUGAAUCUGGCUGUUGCGCCCUUGGCCCUGAAGGUCCCUGUGCGCUGUGUGUCUGUCACGAAAGAGAGCAGUCAUAUUCUGGUGGGCCUGGAGGAUGGCAAACUCAUUGUGGUGGGAGCAGGAAAACCGGAAGAGGUGCGGUCUGGGCAGUUUUCCCGCCGACUGUGGGGCUCCACACGCAGAAUCUCCCAGGUGUCCGCAGGAGAGACCGAAUACAACCCUGUCGAGCCUCCUGCUAAAUGAGCUCCUGCACGUGCCUUCAGCGAACACUGUGCAUCCACAAGAGACGAGAGCGUCGGCGCUCCUGCACCACUCGUCCGCUUUCCUGCCCUUCUAAAACAGAGAGCUUGGGAACAAGAGUUAAGGGAACACAAGUGGUGAACAUCCAAACGUGCACUUUUAUACAAAAAGGGAAAAGAACAUUCUUCUCGAAAAUGCAAUGGUUUAUACUGCUUUUAACAGACAAACAUUCCAAAGAUUUUUGAUCAGGCGAAUCAGGCAGUCGCCUGCAAACUUUUUAAGCGUUGACGGCUAAGACUGAACUUUUUAAAAGCAGUAUGUUCUGUCCUGUGAAUCACAGACUGUCUUCUCACUGGCUGGAGCUCAGUGUGAUGGACUUAGUCUCUGUCACUGAGUGACAAACCGUCAUCACCUGAGCCGUUUUAUAGUAUAGUAGAUCUUCUUAUGCUGAUUUUUGCUUUUGUACACUGGUACUCUGUCUGACACUUGAAAAGCUUCUUAUAUUAAACAAUAUGACGCCAGAUUUUUCCAUGGGAUGGGCACCAACAGAGACAUUUUAGCUCUGUGCAUGUACAAUAUGUGGGUGUGGGUGUUUGUAUUGCUUUGCACGGUUACUUGCAGACGCUUUGUAUAACGCAAUAAUUAAUGUGACGCCUAAAUUAGAACAAGAUCCUUUCACUCUUGUUUAAUGGUGUGAAGCGCUUUGAGCCCUACUAAGUCUUGUGACUUGAUUCAGUACCUCUGGUGCCUUAAAACAGGUAAACAAUAGAAAUGUCCAUAAUUAUGAUUGAUUAUGACAUGAAAUAUAUUAAAGGGGUAGUUCACCUGAAAAUGAAAGUUUUGUCAUCAUUGACUCACCCUUAUGGUCCAACCCUGUAUGACUGACCUUCUCCUGAAAAAAGAAAAUUAUAAUGUAUAUAUUAAAUUUUAUAAUUUUAUAUUUUAGUU